UGUUUUUUCAUCCUGUAACUGAAGGUUACUGUGGUUCUGUAAGGGCUCGUACAUUUAACGGAGCCCGUAGCUUAGAAAGUCCAGUGUGUUGGGGUGAAAAGGCUUAGAGCGGACAGGUUUGACUGUAGAGAUGGACCCCAUGAAAGCACAGCAGUUGGCGGCGGAGCUUGAAGUGGAGAUGAUGGCAGAUAUGUAUAACCGCAUGACCAAUGCAUGUCACAGGAAGUGCGUCCCCCCGCACUACAAGGAGGCAGAGCUGUCGAAGGGCGAGGCCGUGUGUCUGGACCGCUGCGUGGCCAAGUAUCUGGACCUGCACGAGCGCCUGGGACGCAAACUCACCGAACUCUCCGUACAGGACGAAGAAAUGAUGAGGAGAGCAGCGGCUGGGAGCGGAUAAGAGCCAACACACACACACACACACACCCCCUCUGGACUAACAGAGUGGGCAAGUGUGGGGGUGCUGUAAUAAAAUGAAUGGGGGGCGGUGGGACAAGCUGCACUGUGUCUUCUAGAUGUUUAGAUGUAUACAAUAGGUCUGUUCAUUCAAAGUGAG